AACAAGUCACUCAAGUAAGCAAGAUGCAGUUUGUCAGUGUUCUCCUCAUGGGGCUCCUCGCCGCCACCGCUGUCCUUGCUGGUCCAGGUCCGGCUCCAGCUCGCGCGGAGGGAGACGCUGAGGUGGUGGGGCGCGGGACUAAAAGUGAAGGAAGUGAAGGAAGUGAAGGUGGUAUCCGUACUGGAGACGGCGUGUAUGCUUACAUUCCUGGCCUUCGCGAUUUCGGCAGCCUGAGGAACUUCUUUAACAGAAUCUUCGGCCUGGGCAGACGUGACGAGACCCAGGGAACGAACGAAGGAGACAGCAGCGAGGGAGGAGCCAGCCACGGCGGGGAAAGUGACUCGUCCAACAGGGAGAGCGCACGAGGCCUCCUUGGCUUUGGCGAUCUGUUUGGCUUCAACUCCUUCAUCCCUGUGUUCCGAGCCAAGAAGUACAACGUGACCUACACCAACUCAUCCCUGGAAGUGGUCAAAUACGGCGGCGUGCCCAUGGUGGUGAACAGGACCAUUGAGGAGAGGAAGGCAGAGGACGGCUCGGUUUAUUUCAGCGUGGUCUCGACUCUGGUUGGGCCGUACAACUCCACGGAGGUCGACGAAACUGACGGAGGGUAUACUACUGAGGUCAGCCCCGCUACUGAGGACGACCUCGAGCUAGUGAAAGAGCAGCCUUCCACGAAACUGAAACACACCUCACCAAACGCUGGAUCGUCUCAUGGCUGCGAAACAAGCUGGCGAAACGGGAAAACCGCGAAACGGAGACCUCGAGAACGACCUGACUCACACAACGACGGAAACACGAACACGCUGGAGAAGGAAAAGGAGGAGAAAGAGAGGAGGAGCGACCCACAGGAUGUAAAGUCGGAACCACAAGCGUAUGGUGGGGGGUGGUCAUGCCGCGCAGAGCGCCGUGCUCCACGUGAAGGAGGAGGAGGCCAGCGCCUCUCAUCGGUCGGUCUCUACGGUAUCAACGAGUGUGCUGACCUCCUGGCUGUGUCCAGACCCACUACAUCCAACAACGUAACGUACAAGCUCUUCUGGUCCUACUGGAGUUCUGGGUUUGAGUUGGGCAGUCCAACUGUAGACACCAAGAUCCGCUGGCUGUCUGAGGUUACCCGAACUUUCCAUCUCGACCGCAAUCUGGCUGAGGUCAAGAUGGCAGCAGUUACGUCUCGGUUUGUAUACAUCUCUAGACGCCGUGCGGACAUUGUAGACACUGUGACGAGGGGGGAGCUUUUGUCCCUCUUCCUAUAG